AUGCAGCGUGUACCGGCCUCUGAUGGUGGUGAGGCCGGUCUGGCGAGCACGGUGAUCUCAAGCGUGGCGCACGCCUCGGUCGCCAGCUCCAAUCGAGCAGGCACCCCUGGCACGGGGACCUCCGGCUCCUUGCGCGGCCCCUCCGUCACCGCCGUCGCUCCCCGCUGGAGCAGCCCAUCGCGCGACUCCUCCGUCACUACUACUACCUCCGCCGCCACUCCCGGCUCGAGCAGCCCCUCGCGCGGCUCCUCCGUCACCACCGCCGCCACCCCUCCCGCGGCUCCUCUUCCUCCAGCCGGCGCAGACCCUCGCGCGCCUCGUCCGCCGCCUCCGGUUGGAGCGGCUCCUCCACCACUCCCGGCAGGAGCAGCCCUUCACCCAGCUGUUCCCUCUCCUCCGGCAGGCACAGAUCCCCGCGCGCCUCGUCUGCCACCUCCGGCUGCUGAGGUGCCUCACGCGGCUCCUCCACCGCUUCACUGUCCUCGGGACACACCUGUGGGAGUGGCGCCCAGGCCCAGAGCAGCGCCGCCAGCUCCCCAAUCCUUUCCAGGUGGAGCUCGGACUGGACCCGCAGCUCUUCCUGCUGGCGACGCACCUCCGCCGCCUACUCCCGCUGGGCCGCCGCCAUUUCGGCCACCCUCUGGGCCAGCUCCUCCCUUCCCUGGCUCCAGUACGGACCCGCCGUGCCGCCUCCUGGGUUUCGGCACCAGUGAAGCUCAGCACUCACAUCACUGCUCCAUCAUUAUUCACAGGAACCAACCUGAACCUUCACCCAGCUCUGUGUCCUUAAAGAGUGACCAGUCAAAACGUGCCCCCAUUGAAUUUAAACACCAGCAGCUGGAGGAUAUGAAAAUGGAUCAGGAGAGCUCAGAGGUUCCCAGUGGUCAGUCUGCCCAGCAUCAUCAAAGAAACCUGGACUCCAUAUUUAUGCUGCUGGAGGACAACAUCAUCAGCUUUGUGAAGAAUGAGCUGAAGAAGAUCCAGAAGGUUCUGAGUCCAGGUUACCCAGAAUGCUUAGAGAGUCAGAGGGAGGAUGAGGAUGAUGAGCAGAGGAGGAGCAGCAGAGAGGCAUUUGUGAAAAUCACCCUGGACUUCAUGAGAAGAAUGAAGCUUGACGAGCUGGCUGACCAUCUGCAGAGCAAACUUCAAGCUGCCAUUUGUCCUCACAAACUUAAAUCUACAUUAAAGAAGAAGUUCCAGUGUGUGUUUGAGGGGAUCGCUAAAGCAGGAAACCCAACCCUUCUGAAUGAGAUCUACACAGAGCUCUACAUCACAGAGGGAGGGACUGCAGAGGUCAAUGAUGAACAUGAGGUCAGACAGAUUGAAACAGUAUCCAGGGAACGAGACAGACCAGAAACAUUAAUCAGACAAGAAGACAUCUUUAAAGCCUCACCUGGAAGACAUGAACCAAUCAGAACAGUGCUGACAAAGGGAGUGGCUGGCAUUGGGAAAACAGUCUUAACACAGAAAUACAUUCUCGACUGGGCUGAAGACAAAGCCAACCAGGACAUCCAGUUCAUGUUUCCAUUCACUUUCAGAGAGCUGAAUGUGCUGAAAGAGAAAAAGUUCAGCUUGGUGGAACUUGUUCAUCACUUCUUUACUGAAACCAAAGAAGCAGGAAUCUGCAGGUUUGAAGACUUCCAGGUUGUGUUCAUCUUUGAUGGUCUGGAUGAGUGUCGACUUCCUCUGGACUUCCACAAAACUACAAUCAUAACUGACCCCAGAGAGCCCACCUCAGUGGAUGUGCUGCUGAUAAACCUCAUCAGGGGGAAACUGCUUCCCUCUGCUCACCUCUGGAUAACCACACGACCUGCAGCAGCCAAUCAGAUCCCACCUGACUGUGUUCACAGGGUGACAGAGGUCAGAGGGUUCACUGACCCACAGAAGGAGGAGUACUUCAGGAAGAGAUUCAGAGAUUCAGAGCAGGCCAGCAUGAUCCUUUCCCAUGUCAAGACAUCACGAAGCCUCCACAUCAUGUGCCACAUCCCAGUCUUCUGCUGGAUCACUGCUACAGUUCUGGAGAAUGUGCUAAAAACCAGAGAGGGGGGACGACUGCCCAAGAACCUGACUGAGAUGUACAUCCACUUCCUGGUGGUUCAGGCCAAAGUGAAGAAGGUCAAAUUUGAUGGAGGAGCCCAAACAGAUUCACACUGGAGUCCAGAGAGCAGGAUUAUGAUUGAGUCUCUGGGAAAAUUGGCUUUUGAUCAUCUGCAGAAAGGAAACCUGAUCUUCUAUGAAUCAGACCUGACAGAGUGUGGCAUCGAUAUUAGAGCAGCCACAGUGUUCGCAGGAGUGUUCACACAGAUCUUUAAAGAGGAGAGAGGACUGUACCAGGACAAGGUGUUCUGCUUCAUCCAUCUGAGUGUUCAGGAGUUUCUGGCUGCUCUUCAUGUCCAUCUGACCUUCAUCAACUCUGGACGCAAUCUGUUGGAAGAAAAACAAACGACCUCCCAGAAGUCUGAAAUAACAGAAUAUUCAGCAACUCACUUCUACCAGAGUGCUGUGGACAAGGCCUUACAGAGUCCAAACGGACACCUGGACCUGUUCCUCCGCUUCCUCCUGGGUUUUUCACUGCAGACCAGUCAGAGUCUCCUACAAGGUCUGCAGACAUGUAGAGGAAGUAGUUCACAGACCAAUGAGGAAACAGUCCAGUACAUCAAGAAGAAGCUCAGUGAGAAUCAGUCUGGAGAGAAAAGCAUCAAUCUGUUCCACUGUCUGAAUGAACUGAAUGAUCGUUCUCUAGUGGAGGAGGUCCAACAGUACAUGCGCUCAGGAAGUCUCUCCAUACGUAAUCAUUCCCCUGCUCAGUGGUCAGCUCUGCUCUUAAUCUUAGUCUCAUCAAAAAAAGAUGUAGAUAUGGUUGACCAGACGAAAUUCUCUUUAGAGGAGGCUUUUCUGAGACUGAUGCCAGAAGUCAAUGCCUCUAAUAAAUCUUUAGUGAUGGGCUGUAACCUCUCAAAGAGCAGCUGUGAAGCUUUGUCCUCGGUUCUUAAAUCUCAGUCCUCUAGUUUGGGAGAGCUGGACCUGAGUAACUCCAAUCUGCUGGAUUCAGGAGUGAAGCGUCUUUGUGAUGGACUAAAGAGUCCAAACUGUAAACUAAAUACUCUUAGACUGAGUCACUGUAACCUCUUAGAGAGAGAUUGUGAAGCUCUGUCCUCAGUUCUCAGCUCCCAGUCCUGCAGUCUGAAAGAGCUGGACCUGAGUAACUCUGACCUGAAGGAUUCAGGAGUGAAGCUUCUGUCUGUUGGAGUAAAGACUGCAAACUUUAAACUGGAAACUCUCAGUCUGUCAGGCUGUCUGAUCACAGAGGAAGGUUUUACUUCUCUGGCCUCAGCUCUGAGCUCCAACCCCUCCCAUCUGAGAGAACUAGACCUGAGCUACAAUCAUCCAGGAGACUCAGGAAUUAAGCUGCUGUCGGCUGGACUGAAGGAUCCAGGCUGGAGACUGGACAUUCUCAGGGUGGAGCCUGCUGGAGAACGAUGGUUGAGACCAGGUCUGAGGAAGUAUUCCUGUCAACUCACAAUCGACACAAACACAGUCAACAGACACCUGAAACUGUCUGACAACAACAGGAAGAUGAUACAUGUGGAGGAGGUUCAGUCAUAUCCUGAUCAUCCAGACAGAUUUAAUUAUUUUUAUCAGCUGAUGUGUAGUACUGGUCUGACUGGUCGCUGUUACUGGGAGGUCGAGUGGAGAGAAACGGUUGAGAUAUCAGUGAGUUACAGAAGAAUCAGAAGAAAAGGAGACAGUUAUGACUGUGUGUAUGGAUGGAACGAUCAUUCCUGGGCUCUUGUCUGCUCUGAGGAUGGUCCUCAUUAUGUCAUGUACAAUAACAAAGUGACGUUCAUCUCCUUCUUCUCCUCUUCCUCCAUCUCCUCCUUCUCCUCCUCCUCUGUCUCUAACAAAGUAGCAGUGUAUGUGGACUGUCCUGCUGGCACUCUGUCCUUCUACAGAGUCUCCUCUGACACUCUGAUCCACCUCCACACCUUCAACACCACAUUCACUGAAACUCUUUAUCCUGGGUUUGGGUUCAAUCCUGGUUGCUCAGUGUCCCUGUGCUGA